ACAAAAAUGGAAGCUGACAACAAAAAGCCUUUUAAAGUCAAGGAUAUAACGCGCAACAUUAAAAAAGCCGUCGUGGCCGCCUCCCUCGAAGAGAUACGUGCCAAAGUUGCAGAGAAAUUUGACAAAGCCGAUCAGCUGGUCACCAUCCAUUUGGAUUCGGAUGGCACGGAAAUUGACGAUGAGGAAUAUUUCCGAACACUGGAGGCCAAUACGGAAUUGAUAGCCGUAUUUCCCGGCGAGCAUUGGAUUGAUCCCUCUCACUAUGUCACCAUUACCACACCCCAUGAUCAAACAGAUGCCGCUGAUAAGGCUGAAAAGACGGCACGCAUUAAACAAUUGGUCGGACAAUUGCAAAAUAACCUUUGCAAUGUCUCCGUAAUGAGUGAUCCCGAUUUAGAUUCUCUGUCGAAUAUGGAUCCCAACUCAUUGGUCGACAUAACCGGCAAAGAUUUUAUGGAGCAGCUGAAGGAUUCAGGCAGACCAUUGUGUGCAAAGCGAAACGCUGAGGACCGAAUUAACCUGUUAAAGCUAUUGAAGGAGGGUGCCAUCUUCUGCUCCGAACGUUAUCCCGAGGAUGCUGAGGCCAUUGAUGCGGAAAUCCGUAGGCAGUUGAAUGAUGAAUUACACAAUAAUCACAAUAAUAGCAUGACAAUCGAACAACAACAGCAGCAGCAGCAACAGCAACAACAACAGGUACAAAAGGACACAACAAAGACAACAACUACAACAAAUCGCAAAACUACUACAACAAAUCACAAACAAAAUCAGGAACAAACAAUAACUAUUGUGGUAACCGAUACAAAUUUAAAAAAUGAUAACAUUACAACAGCAACAAGGACAACAACAAAAACAACAACUACAGGAAACAAAAACACUCACGACAUAUGACUACCGAUUUUUGCCAGUAUCACUUGAAAUCUAGAAAAUAAUAGCUGUAAGGAUAAGGGUUAAGGUGAUGAUGAUG